AUUAUUUCGGCUAGUAAAGGCCAUUCAAGAUAGUUGAAGUACUGUCUGUCAAAUCUACUAGCUCUGUGGAAGACUCGCCGUUGCACGUUAACUUCUGUGGAGAGCAGAGCAAAAGCUGCCUUUUCAUAAGCCCUUCAUUGGUGCAUUAUUGAUUGAAUCGUUGUAAGAAAAAACAAGUGGCCAAUAGGAAAAUAUCCGACAUAUUAUAUUUAGUAAUUUUCUUGGUAAUUAUCAUCCGUACAUCAUGACAAGAAAGUCGUGUGCAUUGUACACAACGGGAAUCGUCUGCGCGCAUCUCCUGACAGUCGGGAUCGGUUUGCUUCUCGCGCAGGUCUUUCCGACACUGAUGCAUAGCCGCUUAAAAAAGGAGAUAACUUUGACAGAGGGGAGUCGAGUGUUUGAGUCUUGGAAGAACCCCCCUCCCCCAGUGUAUAUGCAGUAUUACUUCUAUAAUGUCACAAAUCCAGAGGAGUUUCUGGCGGGGGGCAGGGCAGCUGUUACUCAGAUGGGACCGUACACAUACAGGGAAUACAGGCCCAGGGAGAAUGUGACCUUUGUGGAGAAUGGAACUAAAGUCUCUGCCUAUAGUCCAAAGACUUUUGUAUUUGAGAGGGACAUGUCAGCCGGUGACCCAGAAGUUGACCUUGUGACAAUUGUUAACAUCCCUGCAGUGGCAGUGAUGAACAAAGUGAAGGGCAGCUUCUGGACGAGCAGUAUGGUGUCCAUCUGGAUGAAGUCCUUAGGCGUUGGGCUUUUCAUGACACGACCUGUUCAUGAGUUGCUGUGGGGUUUCAAAGACCCGCUGCUGACACGCCUUCGUGCCUCAAAGCCUGAGAUUCACGAGUACUUUGGGCUCAUGUACAAGAAAAAUGGAAGCCUAGACAAUCAUUUUGUUUUCCUCACGGGUGAAAGUGACUCCUUGGACUACACCAAAGUAGUUGCAUGGAACGGCGAAAGCCGGUUGACGUGGUGGUCCUCCAACCAGAGCAACAUGAUCAACGGCACCGACGGCAGCACCUUCCACCCACUUCUGUCCAGGAAGGAGCGCCUCGAUGUCUUCUCUCCCGACCUCUGCAGGUCCAUAUAUAUGGAGUACAUAGAAGAUGUGGAGGUCAAAGGGAUCCCUGCGUACCGCUUCGCACCUCCUCGAGAAGUUCUGGCCAGCGCUGAGGAGAACCCUGCUAACGCUGGGUUCUGUGUGACCACUGGCAACUGCCUAGGCACGGGCGUGCUUGAUGUCAGCGUUUGCCGUGAUGGGGCCCCUGUCAUCGUCUCAUUUCCCCAUUUCUACCUGGGAGACAGGAAAUAUGUUCAGGCCAUUGACGGGUUGUCUCCAAACCAAGAGGACCAUCAAACAUAUCUUGACAUUAAUCCGACCACCGGUAUUCCUGUUCGUGCCUCCAAAAGAGCUCAAAUAAAUAUCCUUCUGGAAAGAAUCAGCGGUUUCCCGGCAACAAAAUAUCUGAAUCGGACUAUCUUCCCAGUUAUGUUUAUAAAUGAGUCAGUGGUGAUCGAUGAUGCUUCAUCAAUGAAGAUGAAGAAGUUACUGCUUAUAGAGAAGUUGGUCUCCAACUUCCCCUUGCUGAUUAUUGGUUUGGGGGUCAUCAUGCUUCUGGUAUUCAUUAUCCUUGUCUUCAGGUUCCAUCAGCAGAAGAAAAACACAAAGCACAAUGCAGCGUACACUCCGGUCAAUUAUAAAACAGAAGAUCCUGCAGAAAGUGAUCUGACUCUGCCCUUAAAAAAUGGCUCCCAUAUUGGCAUGUCCACAGUGGAUGGAGAGAAAUCCUGAAACGGAGACGACCUGGGGGG